GUUUCCACACGAUGUCUUAUCCGACUUGUAUGAACUCUCUCUCUCCAUCCGCUGGUUCGAGAUUCUCCCUGUAACCAUUUGCUGCAAUGAAAAGCAUAUUCCUAUCCUUUUCGUCAUCUGCGCGUUCCUGUGCUUCACCAUCUUCACGAGAAUUUGGGAAACUGAUAGCCACUGACAUCAACACCGGAGGUUAAGCCUAAGAAGCAAGCGGUCGCAUUCAGGAGUUUACACAUUGGAACAUGGCAUUUUCAGCGCAUUUACUCUAUCUCUGUAAUGCUGGAAGAAUAGGCUUGUGUUCCAAACCACGAGUUAGUAGUGUUGGAUGGUCGAACAGGAGAGCCGUUGAUUCUUAUUGUUGCUUAGUCAAUGUGAAAACACAAACCAACAGGAGAUUUGGAAAAUACCCUGGCUUGUUAAGAUCUUAUAGAAUAUCUUGCUGGUUGGAGUCAAGAUUUUCAGAUCUUCUUUCGUCUUGGUCUCUGAAGAUCUGUUCAGUUAGGGGGACCCGUGCAAGUAUACAUGAGGAAAAAGGAAUAGUUGAAUUUCAAAGGGAAAUGAUAAUUAGUCUUCUGAAGAGCCAAUUCAUCAAAAUAGCUGCCAUGGUGGCCUGUUUGUUCUUGGUUAUUCCAGCAGCUGAUGCUGUAGAUGCUCUUAAGACUUGUACUUGCUUACUGAAAGAGUGCAGAGUGGAACUUGCCAAGUGCAUUGCAAACCCAUCGUGUGCAGCUAAUGUUGCUUGCCUCCAGACAUGCAACAAUCGGCCUGACGAGACUGAAUGCCAGAUCAAAUGCGGAGACUUGUUUGAAAACAAUGUUGUUGAUGAGUUCAAUGAAUGUGCAGUUUCAAGGAAGAAAUGCGUUCCCCGGAAAUCUGAUCUUGGGGAUUUUCCUAUCCCUGAUCCUAGUGGUAUGGUCGGAAACUUUAAUAUGAAAGAUUUCAGCGGGAAGUGGUUCAUAACAAGUGGCUUAAAUCCAACCUUCGAUACUUUUAAUUGCCAACUACAUGAGUUCCAUGUAGAAUCCAACAAACUUGUUGGGAACUUGACCUGGCGAAUACGGACUCCAGAUGGUGGUUUUUUCACUCGAUCAACUGUUCAGAGAUUCGUGCAAGAUCCUACACAACCAGGGAUACUCUACAAUCAUGACAAUGAGUAUCUUCACUACCAAGACGACUGGUAUAUAUUGUCCUCCAAAGUGGAGAAUAAACCGGAUGACUACGUAUUUGUAUAUUACCGGGGCAGGAAUGAUGCAUGGGAUGGAUAUGGCGGGGCUGUUGUGUACACUAGAAGUGCAGUUUUGCCUGACAGCAUUGUACCAGAAUUAGAAAAGGCGGCUCAAAGGAUAGGACGCGAUUUCAAUAAGUUUAUCAGAACCGAUAAUACUUGUGGUCCAGAACCUCCCCUUGUAGAGAGACUGGAGAAGACUGUGGAAGAAGGGGAAAGAACGAUCGUAAGGGAGGUUGAAGAAAUAGAAGAGGAGGUGGAGGAGUUGGGGAAGGCUGAGAUGACCUUGUUAGAGAGGCUGGCUGAAGGGCUUCGAGAGCUAAAACAAGAUGAAGAGAACUUUUUCAAGGAGCUGAGCAAGGAAGAGAUGGAUCUUCUGAGUGAACUUAAGAUGGAAGCAACCGAGGUGGAGAAACUCUUUGGAGGAGCACUGCCACUGAGGAAGCUAAGAUAGAAUUAGAGGGCCAAUUCAUCUUAAUUUUUGCAAGUGUGAGGCUCUGUUGGAACCAUGCCAGUUGCCAGCUUAGCUCCCUCUUGCCACAAAUCCACUGGAGAUGUAGGUGGCAAGCUACAAGACUUUCCUAUCCCACAUCUGCAGAAAUGCAAACUGUUUUAGGUUUACAAGGUAUUGAAUUGUGUAUUGAAACACUUAUUUGCUCAUUGUUCUUGUUGGCUUCUUGACUCUUCUAGGCCUAGUUUUCUAUAUUUUUAACUCUUGUACCUUAUAUUGUUAUAUUAUCUGGCACCUGGCUCAUCUAUACAGAAAAUAUUAUAAGAA